GUCGCGCUAUCUGUCACGCGCUUGGCUUGUACAGUGUCCACUAGUCUAGUACUCACGAGAUCACCUGAGUGUCAGACAAGACUCCGCUCAGCCUCUGCUUAGAAACCUCAGACCAGGGUGGACGUGUUAAGAUGAGGCUGUCGCUCGCUUUUCGCCAUGCACAUCGGAGCCACGCCGGCAUACGACGAUCAGGAGCGGGUGUCAAAGUUUUAAACUCGGAGAACAGAUUCAUACCUGUUAAUAGCACGGUUUCUUAUCUACAGGCUCGGGAAGCAAGUUCGACCAGCGGUACGAGUGAAACGGUAUUGAGUUUUAAAAGUCAUCCACGAAAAAACGAUGGACCGUUGUAUGAAAGUGCUGUUGGUGGCCUUGUUCAGAGGAGCAGAGAGGAGCUUGAAGCUAUCAGAGAAACCAACCCAGGCCUCAAACCUACACUGGCUAUCAUACAGACUGGUGAAGAUGACCGUCUGCUGGAGGUGAAUAAGAAGAUGGCUGGAAAGAUCGGCUUGAAUGUUAUGCAGAUUUGUCUUUCACACCAGUGCAGAGAGGAAGAGGUGAUCGAGGAGAUCUUGAGAUUAAAUGAGGAUGCUCGUGUUCAUGGCAUUUUUUUGCACCUUCCUCAGUCCUUUCUCUCAAAAAGUGUCCGUAAUGCUAUCAAGCCACAGAAAGAUGUGGAUGGGGUCUCUGAUCUUAAUGUUGGCCGUGUGGUGCUGGGGGAUCAGAGAGAUGGCUUUGCCUCACCUGUAGCUGGAGCUGUGCUGGAAAUGCUUGCUAGGCAUGACGCCCCAUUGGUUGGAAAGAUGGCAGUGCUGCUGGGUCUUGAGGGACCCCUGAAGGCAACGCUUCAGUUUUUGCUGCAAAACAAUGGUGUGAUGGUGCAGACCUGCCAGUGGAGCUCAAAGCACUUGCAGAAACGGAUCAUGGAUUCGGAUGUGGUGGUAUUCUUAGAAACUGGCCACAAGGGUCUGCCACCCACUUGGUUAAGACCGGGGAUGGCAGUCAUUAACCUCAGCUCAGCCCUAAUGGAAGAGCAACCUGACAGUUGGGAGCACAGAGCUGAAGCUGAAGCUGAAUCUAGUGCUGGAGUUGGGUCUCUUAGUGCUGCGCUUAGAAUGCAGCAUGUAGUGAGGAGCAGCAGGAGGUGGACACAAGAACAGCAGUACCAGCCAUGGAGGCUCCGCCCACUAAAACUUCAACCCCUGUCACCUGUGCCUAGUGAUAUAGAGAUCUCCAGGGCACAGACUCCCAAACCCAUAUCCCAGCUGGCUCAGGAGAUUGGGCUGCUUCCAGAGGAGCUGGAGGCCUAUGGAAACACCAAAGCCAAAGUCCAUUUGUCCCUUCUCAACCGCCUCCAACAUCAGCAUAACGGCAAAUAUGUCCUGGUGGCAGGUAUAACUCCCACUCCUCUGGGUGAAGGGAAGAGUACAGUGACCAUAGGUCUUGUCCAGGCCCUCUCCGCUCAUCUCAAGCUCAACUCUUUCGCUUGCCUGCGACAGCCUUCCCAGGGCCCAACGUUUGGUGUCAAAGGAGGAGCGGCGGGUGGAGGAUAUGCACAGGUCAUUCCUAUGGAGGAGUUUAAUCUCCACCUGACAGGAGACAUCCACGCUAUAACAGCAGCCAAUAAUCUAGUGGCGGCAGCUAUCGAUGCCCGCAUUCUCCAUGAAGCUACUCAAUCAGACAGGGCCCUGUACAGCAGACUAGUGCCAUCUGUUAACGGUGUGAGAUGCUUCUCUCCUAUACAGAUGGCUCGCCUACAGCGUCUUGGAAUAAACAAAACUGACCCCAGUGACCUCACACCAGAAGAGGUCAGGGCGUUUGUCCGUCUUGACCUUGACCCUGAGAAGGUCACAUGGCAGAGAGUUGUUGAUACCAACGACAGAUUUCUGCGCAAGAUCACUGUUGGUCAGGCCAACACAGAAAAAGGCCAUGCUCGCCAGACCCAGUUUGAUAUUGCGGUGGCCAGUGAGAUCAUGGCUAUCCUUGCUCUAACAGAUGGACUGGCUGAUAUGCGAGCAAGGCUGGGACGUAUGGUUGUGGGCAGCAGCAGAAACGGCCAGCCGAUCACUGCAGAUGACUUGGGUGUAACCGGGGCUUUGGCAGUCCUCAUGAAAGAUGCUAUCAAACCCACACUGAUGCAGACACUGGAGGGCACUCCAGUGUUUGUGCAUGCUGGACCUUUCGCCAACAUCGCCCAUGGAAACUCCUCUGUCUUGGCAGACAAGUUGGCUCUUAAACUAGUUGGAGAAGAGGGUUAUGUUGUGACGGAGGCUGGCUUUGGUGCUGACAUUGGCAUGGAGAAGUUCUUCAACAUUAAGUGUCGGACGUCUGGGCUCACACCUGAUGUUGUGGUGCUGGUAGCCACAGUUCGGGCUCUGAAGAUGCAUGGAGGUGGACCAAAUGUUACAGCUGGUGUACCACUGCCUAAAGAAUAUAUCAGUGAGAAUUUGCAGCUGGUUGCAGAUGGCUGUUGUAACCUAAAGAAACAGAUUCAGAUCGCUCAUCUCUUUGGAGUCCCUGUGGUCGUUGCUCUGAAUGUCUUCAAGACUGACACUCAAGCAGAGAUCGACAUGGUGUGUCGCAUCGCAGAGGCUUCUGGGGCUUCAGCUGCUGUGCAGUGUCAUCAUUGGUCCAGAGGUGGACGGGGCUCUGUGGAGCUGGCACAUGCAGUGAAGGAAGUUGCAUCUCAGAAGAACCAUUUCCAGUUCCUCUACAAUCUCCAGGAUCCUAUUGUAGAGAAAAUUCGGACUAUUGCACAGAAGGUUUAUGGUGCUGAUGAUAUUGAGCUUUCACCUGAGGCUCAAGCUAAGAUAGACUACUACAAUCAACAGGGUUUUGGUGCUCUUCCCAUCUGCAUGGCUAAGACCCACCUGUCUCUCUCUCAUAUGCCGGAGAAAAAAGGUGUUCCCACUGGUUUUAUCCUGCCAAUCAGAGACAUUCGUGCCAGCAUCGGGGCAGGGUUUAUCUACCCUUUAGUUGGAACUGUAAGUAAUUAUCCUCAAAAUCUGAUGUAAGAUCAUCUUAUUACA